GCUGUGCAGCCCAACACGUGCAUGUGUGUGGAUGGCGUUUCGUGUCGUUUUGUUAUAAAAAUUGUCGAGUUAAAACGAAAUAAUUAACUACACACAUUAUGCGUGAGAAUACACCGCCGCAUCGUCCCGAUUUCGAAGACGAUGAUGAUGAUAUUGGUGAGGAAAUCGAUUUGGAUGGUGAUCCACCUCUGGACGAUGACGAACUCGAAAUGGAAGAGGUAACAUUAGCCGAACUAGAAGCACGUUUGGGUCUGAAUGGCUUCGAUGACGAAAUGGACAACGAGGGUGCCGAAGACGAUGCAGAGGACAGAGAACGCAUUGCAGCCAUUCGCGAUGAUGCAGUCGUCACAUUCCGCAAGCACACCGCACCCGUCUUUGGCUGCAAUCUGCAUCCAAGAUUCGAUUGGGCUGUGACAGGCAGUGAAGAUGAUCGCGCAUAUGUGUGGGACACAAAGAAUGGCGAUGUGCUAUUCGAAAUCGCCGAGCACAAGGACACCAUAACCGAGGCACAUUUCAGCCACGAUGGCAGCUACUUGGCCACCGGAGAUUUAUCCGGUGAGCUCUUCGUUUACAAAGUCUGCGAACAGCCGGACGAGCGACCCAUCUUGAGUAAGGUCUGGGAGUACUCCAUGAGCGACAUGGCCUGGCUGUUUUGGCAUCGUGGUGCCAACGUCUUGUUAGCCGGCAGCGAUAGUGGCGAGGUUUAUGUGUGGCGCAUUCCAAGUGGAGAAUGCAAAAUAUUGCCUGGCCAAUCAUCGCGUUGUGCAGCCGGCGAGCUGAGCCAUGAUGGCAAAAAACUCUUCACUGUGUACAUGAAUGGAGUGGUGAAGUUGUGGGACCUGAAGUCAUGCCAAGUGCUCAUGGAGGUGGGCGAGGAGCAUCCGUUGGGUCUGGGUGAAAUUACCCAUGCAGUGGUCGCCUGUGAUACAGAUUCGCCGCUUUAUCUGUGCGCUGAAGGCAACGGCAAGCUGCUCUUCUGCACCAACAACGGGCCAGUGAACGUGGUGAAGUCAGAGCACGGCAUCGAGUGCAUUGAGUUUGCACCCGCGACAUCGGACCUCAAACUGGUGGCAUGUGGCUCGCUGGACGGCCAAAUCUCCAUAUGGGACUACGCCAAAUAUUCGCUCCGCUCAGUGUGCGAGAGUCCCGCGCCCAAUGAUGGCAUACUGCGUCUUAAAUGGAUUAGCGAUUUUACUUUGCUGGCAGCCACUGUUCAGGGAAACAUUAAUGCCUAUGACGCUCGUUCCGGCGCUCUCAAGUUUACGCUUACUGGACACCAUUAUCAUGUAUAUGAAUUUGUUUAUAAACCUCAAGAGAACGUAUUAUUGACUGUUUCAGAGGACAACACGGCGAAAAUAUUUAAUAUGCCACCUCUAGACGAGUAGAUAAUAUUAUUUUAAUAGGGUACAAAUGCGAUAUAUAUUGAUAUAUAUUCAAUAAAAAAUAAAUAAAGCUAUAGU